UCUCUGUUGCCCGUAUAAAUAGGGGAAACGUAGUUCGAGCAGCAAUCAAUUCCACAACAGCAAGUGAGAAGUGAAAAUCGCAAACGUUAGCACAUUCAAAAGUGUUCCAAAUCGUUUUAAAUUUUAGUGACACAGAAUAAAUCAGUGAAUUAAAGUCAAAAUGCCGCUCGUGCCAAUUUUGUUCCGUGACUGGUGGGAAGACUGCUGGGACACACCACUGCGAACAUCUCGGCUGAUGGAUCAACAUUUCGGAAGCGGUCUCACAGCUGAUGAUUUACUCACGGCUCUCACCUCAGCUGCAACUCUCCAGCAGAAUCGUCCUCGCUCGGGUUAUAAUCGAUUGUGGCGCAACAGCAGCCUCGCGGUACCUCAGGAUUCUGGAUCUACGAUUAACAUCGGCGGUGAUAAGUUCCAAAUAAAUCUAGAUGUUCAGCAGUUCUCUCCGGAGGAAAUUUCCGUCAAGGCAACCGAUAAUAGCAUUUUGGUGGAGGGAAAGCACGAGGAAAAACAGGAUGAACACGGAUACAUCUCCAGACACUUUGUACGGCGCUACAUGUUGCCCAAGGGACACGAUUCCGAGGCGAUCGUUUCAUCACUUUCUUCGGAUGGUAUUCUCACCAUCACGGCGCCGAAGAAGGCUUUGCCAGAACCAGAAGGGGCCAGAUCAAUUCCUAUUACACAAACUGGCGAACCGAUGAAGAAGGUAACUGACAAGUCGGGAGAAAAGCCACCAACUGAGGAGGCGAGCAAGGAUGGAAAAUAGAUUGAUUGGAUCCAAAGUUAUGCAUUUGGAAAUGUGGUUUACCAGAAUAACAAUGCUACCUCGAUAUAAAUAUUGUUCGUUCCUAAAUAUGCCAAAUAAAGUUUGAAAAGUUCUGUUAAAA